UACCUCGACUAGAAACUUGAAAGAAAACUUUGUCCUGUCGACGGUUCCUGUUGAAACAGCCUGCACAAGCUGUCGGAAGUAUCCCGUUUUUCCUCAUAAUUAAAAAAAUUAAAAAACAUUUAAAACAGAUAUGGCGCUAACGGAUGCUGACGUACAGAAACAGAUCAAGCACAUGAUGGGCUUCAUUGAGCAAGAGGCCAACGAGAAAGUGGAGGAAAUCGAUGCCAAGGCAGAGGAGGAAUUCAACAUUGAGAAGGGUCGUUUGGUGCAGACUCAGCGGGUGAAAAUUAUGGAAUAUUAUGAGAAGAAAGAGAAGCAGAUUGAACAACAUAAGAAAAUCCAGAUGUCCAACCUGAUGAACCAAGCAAGGCUAAAGGUGCUGAAGGUCCGAGAUGACAUGAUCACGGAUAUGUUGAAUGAGGCCCGUCAGAGGCUUGCAGAGAUUGCCAAGGACCCUGAAAAGUACUCUAAACUGUUGGAGGGCUUGGUGCUUCAGGGAUUUUACCAACUACUGGAGCCUAAAGUUACCAUUCGCUGCAGAAAGCAGGAUGUAGAAAUGGUUCAGGCAGCAGCUAAUAAGAACAUUCCUAUCUACAAAGAGACAGUGAAGAGCAAUAUUACUGUCAAAAUUGCUGAAGAUCGUUUUCUUCCAUCUGACAUCUGUGGAGGAGUUGAAGUGUAUAAUGACAAUGGGAAAAUCAAGGUUUCCAACACUUUGGAGAGCAGGCUUGAGCUUAUCGCACAGCAGAUGAUGCCUGAAAUCAGAGUGAGCUUGUUUGGUCCCAACCCCAACCGCAAGUUCACGGAUUAACGGUGGAUUUGAGGAGCGCAGUGGGAACACGGCCUUUAAGGUGACCAUUGAUCAUAUUGAGCAGCUUGCCAAUCAUCCGGGUCAAAGGAAACUCUGAAUGGGAUGCAAUCAGUGUGUGUUUGUGUAAACUAAAAUGCUAUGUAAUAAUUCAACAAAUGUUCUGAUACCGCUCGUCUCCUCUCUGGGAGACGUUCAGUGGACUACUUGACUUUGCUGUGGCUUUGCAAAUAUUUAAAAUGUUACAGGUAGAAUAACCAAGCUGCAUACCAAAGAUACUUUGAAAUACUUCACUUUCAUUUGGUGUUAACUACAGCCAAAAUAAUAAGAAAAACAUUUAUUUGUAUGUGUAUGUCUGGAAAUAGAUAUGCUGCA